AUGUGCAUUUUAAUUGCAACUAGUGAUCAUCCAAAGUAUGAUCUAGUACUAGUAUCGAAUCGUGAUGAAUACUUUGCAAGAAAGGCUAGCCCAGCUAGCUGGACUGAGGAUAAUUUCAUGCUUUGUCCCCUUGAUAAAGGUUUAGAUUCAUCUGGAGAAGAUCUUGGAACUUGGAUCGGUGCGAAUAGGGAUGGCAAGAUUGGUACAGUUCUGAACUUAAAGCUGUUUAGUGAUCCAAGAGGUAGACCAGCGGUUUGCCCAGAGUCUAGAGGAAAGAUUCCUGUCAGUUUCCUUUCAAGCCGGGGAGCUAACUUUAAAGACUGGGAUACAUAUGAUAAGUUCUGCCAUCAAUUCCAGGGCUUGGAGUUUACUCGUGAUUUCAAUUUUUUCUAUGGGGACUGUUCAAUUGGGGACUAUAGAGUUAUAGAUUCACUCGGUAAUACCACCAAAGUGCUGGGUAAAACCAACGAAAAGUACAUCGUUGUUUCAAACGACAUAUUUCAAGGCGAGUCCAACAAAAAUAGGGUUUGGGAUAAAAUAAGUCUUGCCGAUCAGGCACUUCACCAUUUGGUUCGGGAGUUCAAUGACACUGAUGAAGAUAAGUUUAUCCAGGAAUGUUUUGGCAUAGCAUCUAUUAACCCUUUCCACUCAAAGCAUGAUCAUGGAAAUUAUUACAUGAAAGCUGUUGAGCUUUCUAUGCAAACGGUUUUUGUUCCACCUUUAAAGACUUCUUGCGAUGAUGGUUUGGGAGCAUCUGUCCCCAUUGGAGAAUACUAUGGCACUAGGUCUCAAACAGUCAUCCUCGUUAGCAAGGACCGAUCACACAUCACCUAUGUUGAACGAAUCAUACAUGAUUCGGACUUGGAUGCCCUUCAAUACAGUAGGGAUCAUUACAAAGAACAGAAAAGGUACGAUUUCGAUUUGCCACGUUAA